UCACCAGAUUCCGGUCGGAGUAUCCCCGCUUGCACACAGCGAUCGCCGAGUAUCAUUGACAGGGGAGACACCUCGGCACACUGCUUUGAAUGGCUGUGCACAGCACAGCCAUCCAAAGCAGUGUGCUUACAGUGAAGCCCACUGACAUGGCCCCCUAUGUAAAACACUUCCAGCACACAGUUAACCCUUUGAUCACCCCUCAUGUUAACCCCUUCCUGCCCAGUGCUAUUAGUACAGUGUCAGUGCUUUUUAUUAGCAUUAAUCACUGUAUUGGUGUCACUGGGGAUGCCAGUGACACCAAGCCAGUUCCUCCCAAUGUCAAAAUGUCUGCCACAGUCCUG